UCGUCGCGGCCUCAGCGAAUUCGCAUUCGCAACUCGAGAGUUUUUCAGGGGGAGUAUGGUGGGGUAGGGUAUACUCCCCUCCCCCAUCUCCAUACAAUAAUAACAGGCAGCAACAGACAAGAGUAGAGUUGUGUGUGGAUGGCUGGCUGGCUGGGCUGGCUGGCUGGCUGGUUGUGCCUGUGCCCCGUUUGGCUUCAGUUUUCCACAAUGCCGUCGUCGUCGUCAUCAUCAUCGUAGUCGUAGUCGUCGUGUGUGUUGUGUGCCCCGUUGCCGUUGCCGCUUGUAUUAAGUUUGUUUUGAGUUUUUCCGUAUCAAAAUGUGCAAAACGAUUUCAGUCUAAUUCAGACGCUCGUGCUGAGAAGACUUUUGGCCCUGUUUUGUUGGCCAAUAUACAAACCGUACGUAACGCAACGAGGACGAGACGAACUACUGAUUGGUGUACUGAGUGUGCUGCAAGUUACGAGCAAAUGCAACUCUACGAAUACGUAGUGCGCGUAACGUAACUCACACAUACAUACAUACUAUACUACACACAUACGUAUGUACUUAUCAACUUGCACACACACGUACACACGCAUACUAUAAUGAAAUAGAAACGCGCGUCGCGAUAAACGAUAACGAUAGCAAGCAAUAUGGCAACCCUGGAGUCAACAUCACAACGCAACGAUCGCAGCGAAACGGAAACGGGCAACGAAACGAAUGUAGAGCAGGCCCAAUCAGCUCAAAGGCAACGCAGUGGUGGAGGUGGCAGUAAUGGCGGUGGUGGUGGUGGUGGCAUCACUCCCACUAAAAGUCAACCCGAUUCACCAUCAAACAAGACAGAGGAUCAAAAAUCUGAAAGUACCCCUGAACAGCGUAGAUCACCGGGGGGAGUGCGGGGAGCUGAUGGAGCCGGUUCUUCGCCUGUGGCUUCACCACCGGCACGCAGUUCAUCAGCUGCCUCACCCAAUUCAAAUUCGGCGCAGCAAUUUUGCUUGCGCUGGAACAAUUAUCAGACGAAUCUAACCACAAUCUUUGAUCAGCUUUUGCAAAAUGAAUGCUUUGUGGAUGUAACUCUGGCCUGCGAUGGCCGUUCACUGAAGGCUCACAAAAUGGUCCUGUCCGCAUGUUCGCCGUAUUUUCAAACGCUACUGGCCGAAACACCCUGCCAACAUCCCAUUGUGAUCAUGCGCGAUGUGAAUUGGUGUGAUCUGAAGGCCAUUGUAGAGUUUAUGUAUCGCGGUGAGAUCAACGUGAGCCAAGAUCAAAUUGGUCCACUUCUAAGGAUAGCAGAGAUGCUCAAAGUUCGAGGAUUGGCGGAUGUUACGCACAUGGAGGCGGCCGCCACUGCCGCAGCGGCAGCAGCUGCAGCAGCAGCGGUUGCCACGGCUUCCGCUUCCUCGACGACGUCUGAGCAACAGCAGGUUUCAUCACCCAAAGAGACACAGCGCGAGGCUGCCGAGCGAGAGGCGGCUGAAGAGUUGUUGGCAUUCAUGCAGCCGGAAAAGAAAUUACGUUUGGGCGCUACCGAUUGGGGAGACUAUGGUGGCGGAGGGGAGUUACGUCUCUCCCCCCUCGAACGGCCACAAGUUGCACGCAAUGUGAGGAAACGUCGUUGGCCAUCGGCCGAUACCCCCAUGCCCAUAUUCAAUCCGCCCUCGAGUAGUCCAUUGAGCAGUCUCAUUGCGGCCGAGCGUUUGGAGCAAGAGCAAAAAGAGCGCGAACGUCAGCGUGAUUGUUCGCUAAUGACGCCGCCACCGAAACCCAGUGGAGCAACGACACCGCGUCGACUUACCGAGAUACAUGGCCUAGAUAUGCCAUCACCUGCGACGACACCAGCUCCGGCGAUCGGCCUUGGACGAUCGGCCAGGACUUUGGCUCCUAGUCCACAACAGCAGCAUCAGCAACAACAACAGCAGCAACAACAACAACAACAACAGCAGCAGCAACAACAACAACAGCUUCAGCAUUCCCUGCACUCACAUUCGCAUUCGCUCCAUCAUCCACCGCCACCCCCUCCACACCCGUCAUCACAUCCACCGCCCCAUCAUUCUCAAUUAGGCCACUCAUCGCCGGCAUCAAGUCAAUCUGGAGCUUCCGCAGCGGUUCAUCAGGCUGCCUCAUCGGCGGCUAGUUCGCCAGCCGGUGGCGAUGGUCGCUUCCCCCUGGGACCAGCAGCUGCUAUGGCUGCUGCGGCCAUGGAGCUUAGUGCAUUGGGCCCGCCUACAGAGCCACGCCUACCACCGCCACCGCCGCACCAUCAAGGAGGAUCGACAGCGUCGUCUUCAUUAGCCGAUGAUAUGGAGAUCAAGCCCGGCAUAGCUGAAAUGAUACGUGAAGAAGAGCGGGCCAAAAUGAUGGAGAAUUCUCAUGCCUGGAUGGGUGCUACCGGAUCCACGCUGGCAGCAGAUAGCUAUCAAUAUCAAUUGCAAUCGAUGUGGCAAAAAUGCUGGAACACCAAUCAAAAUCUAAUGCAUCAUAUGCGUUUCCGUGAGCGUGGUCCAUUGAAAUCCUGGCGUCCCGAAACGAUGGCCGAGGCCAUCUUUAGUGUCCUCAAGGAGGGACUCUCUCUGUCGCAGGCGGCACGCAAAUAUGAUAUACCAUAUCCCACCUUUGUUCUAUAUGCGAAUCGUGUCCAUAAUAUGCUUGGACCAUCCAUCGAUGGAGGUCCCGAUCUGAGGCCCAAGGGCCGUGGCCGGCCACAGCGCAUUCUGCUUGGCAUUUGGCCGGAUGAGCAUAUCAAGGGUGUGAUCAAGACUGUGGUGUUCCGUGAUGCCACCAAGGAAUUGAAGGAUGACUCCGCUUUGGGAUUGGGUGGUCAUAUGCCGCCCUAUGGUCGUCAUUCGCCCGUAUUUCCCUUGCAGGACAUGAGCUUAAGCUAUCCGGGAGCUGCUAGCGCCGCAGCUCUGGCUUGUUCCAAUGGCAUGGGUGGCGGCGGAGCUGGAGUUGGUGUGGGAGUGGGAGGCGGUCCGUCGGUUGUCGGCGGACCCGGGCCGGAUCAGGGCCAAAUGUCACAGGAGACGGCAGCUGCUGUCGCCGCUGUGGCCCACAAUAUACGCCAGCAGAUGCAGAUGGCCGCUGCAGUGCAGCAGCAGCAUCAGCAUGGGGAAGCGGGACCGCCACCAGGGCUCUUCAAUUUGCCACCACAUCUGGCUGGCAGUGGUCCGGUGUUGGGUAGAGGGAGCAGCAUUUCGCCAGCACUGAGCAGUGGCUCGGGCCCCAGGCAUGCGCCACCCUCAUCGCCCUGCGGUCCCGCCGGUCUUAUGCCGAAUCUGCCGCCCAGCAUGGCCGUUGCUCUGCAUCGUGGCGAUCCGGCAGCAGCCCAAGCUCUGAUCAGUCACCAGCAACAGCAGCAACAGCAGCAGCAGCAGCAACAGCAUCAGCAUCAUCUCCAGCAAUUGCAGCAGCAGCAUCAUCAAGCCCUGCAGCAACAACAGCAACAGCAACAACAACAGCAGCAACAGCAACAUCAACAAGCGGCAGCUCAUCAUGGGCUAACGCACAAAUCGAGCGGUUUCGGUGCCAGUUCCAUGCCAGCGGCCAAUGUCGCCUCCUCCUCCUCCUCCCAGCAGCAACAGCAGCAGCAACAGUUUCACCAGCAACUGGACAAACCCAAGACCAAAGGUAGUCCCAUGCGAAGUGAAACGCCUCGCCUCCAUUCACCUCUAACCGACUUGGGUCUCGAGAUGAGCAGCUACAAAAGGGAUUAUUCGCCCUCGCGUCUCUUUGCCGAUGACCUGGCCGAGUUGGUUGGAGCUGGCGGCGGAGGGGCAGCAAGUGUUUCCUCUUCAUCAUCGGCCACCACCACGGCGGCAGCAGCAGCAGCAGCAGCGGCGGCGGCGGCAGCGGCAGCAGCAGCUGUGGCAGCUGCAACAAGUGGCACAUCCGGAUCCGGUGGCGAUGCCAGCGGCAUCAAGGUAGAACCCAUAACCACCACCAGCGGCGAGUAAAAUCAAAAAAAAAAAAAAA